AUGGUUACAAAGCUUGCCAAAUCAUUUGGGAUAUUUAAUUCACCCGAGGCUAGGUUUUUUACUAAAAAUAAGGGAAGACCAAUUCAAACCCACUUGUUCAAAACCACCAAAAUACUUGUAGAUUUGGGGAAUGAUACUUAUUCGAUAUCAGAUGACACUCUCAUUAAAGAGUUGGGGCGAAGAAAUGUGAGACCAAGGAAAGAUGGCCAAAAGCCACCUACAGGAGCCCAAACACAACCACAAAACUUUGGUUUUGAGAUACCUAUGGAUCCCUAUAAUGUUAUUUUGAGGCAAUAUCAAGAUUAUUUGGGUAGGUAUCUCAACUUUGUGGGGUACUCUUUGGAAACAAUCAUGAACAACAUGGAGUUAGGACCACCGGCUGGAGCUCCCACACAUUUCACUUAUAUACCAAUUUGGGAGGAGCAUUCAGGUGAAGAAAGAAGAUGA